AUUCCUCCAUUCCUUGUUUUCUGUGUGUUAAGGGGGGAUUGACUGAGGCGCCAGUACCUUUCACAUCCACUGAUGCCUAGUGGGUCUGAUCCAAUCCGAAAACCCACUCGCCUUUGUUGCCCGAAAAACCUUUCUUUCUGCUUCUCCCAUCCAUCCAUGGCUUCUGGAAUCUCCUCAUAGUUCUUUCAGCUGCCUAUACCCUCGCUCUUUGCCUCUCACACACCAAAAGAAACCAUGAAGGUUCGGUCAUCUGUGAAGAAGAUGUGUGAAUUUUGUCAGAUAGUUAAGCGCCGGGGACGAAUCUAUGUGAUUUGCUCUGGGAACCCUAAGCACAAGCAACGACAGGGCAUGGCAACAUUUGCAAGUGAAGGCCCAUCUCAACCAGUGUCCUCGGAGACAAGUAGCUGCAAGAUUAUGAUUAAGCCUGCUCAAAUUGCGCGACCAGGUCGGAUUUGUACUUCCCCUCAAAGGCACAGUUUGUCUAUGUUGUAUGGAUGGAGGGUGGGAUUGGCCUCUAUUCUGUCUAUAAAGUAGCAAAAAUAAUUAGUAACCUUGAACAUUACAAGUAAUAAGUGUGAAGAGAUUGAUAAUCAACGGUUCUGGAUUAAAGUCUCCAUCAUGCUCUCUCCUUUCUUUGUAUUGGUGGAUGAAGUUGUCUCAAACUUAAUUUUGUUCUCACUGGGGGAUUUUGUUUCUCCGUUAAGAAUAUGGUCAACAGAUUGUAACCUCGUAGUAUAUUUGGUGUUCACUGUUAAGGGAAUCAGCGGAGCACAAUUGAUAGCGCUCUCCUCCUUAUCACUUGAGCCAAAGACGAGAAUUUUUUGCAACGUAUUGUCAUCUAUAUCUAUAUGUUACAUAGUUUUUGCCAUCA